AUGGAUGAGAAACAAAUUAUCCCGAUACAUCUAAAAGAUCUGAGAAUCAUUACUGGGUCACUCAAGAACACAAUCUCCAAAUCUUUUGGUCCUAACUGUCAACAGGCACUCUUGACCUCAAGCACAGGUCAGAUGUCGGUGACCUGCAGUGGGGUCAGCAUUCUUUCAUCUUUACAUAUCUGCCACCCGAUUGCCAAAGUGAUUGUGGACAGCAUGACAUCAUUUUAUCAAGUCUAUGGAGACGGAAGUAAAACACUCAUUGUUUAUGUUGAUGAGUUAUUGUCUGCCAUUGAAUUACAUCAUAACAAACGUAAUCAUGGGAGCUCUGCGGAUACAUCUUUUAGAGUUGCAGUAUCAAGAAGUUUAUAUGAGUUUGUUAACUCUGAACUUGUGUAUAUCUGCGAUAAUGUAAGUAAGUUUGUUUAUGCUCAAAAUAGUCAGAAAGAUGUCCAGGCUUGUCAGAUUUUUGCGAGACCAUUGUAUAAUGUUAUACUUCCCUGUUUACAAGGGUUGCCAGGACAAGUUUGUGACCACCUGGCUGAUAUUUUGACCAGUUUUGUAAUGUCUACUGUUGAAACUGGAAUGGAUUUGAAUAUUGUUCAAAAGUUUCUUGAUAAUUUUCUGUUUGUGCUACCAAAUCGUUCAUAUAUGAAUUCAUAUUUUCGUGAAGGGCUUUUUCUACAAGGGAGUGUAUUUGGCCAGCAGUUUUCAGCUUCUACAGCCAAAGUAAUUUUUUUACAAUGCCCUUUAGAAGGAAAUGUGGACAAACAGGCCUCGGAUACAGUAACAUUCAAUUGUGACUCCUCAGAAAGUUUACUCACUUACAGAACUCAUGUAACCAGGAGAACUCUUCAAGAGUUGAAAAAUGCAGGAGUUUCCCUUAUUUUAACUACUCAAAAAGUACCACCAUUUGUCCUACAAAUGUGUCACAGCCUUGACCUUAGUGUUGUAGCAUGCCUCAGUGAUGCAAACACAGACCUGAUGAUGUUCUUGACCGGAAAGGUUCCUGUUACAAGUGUUUAUGACGGUGUUCAUAGCGAAAAUAUCAUCACCGUUGCAUCAUGGGAACAUACUGUUGUUGCAGGGAAACAUUUUGUUAGUCUUAUGUUUGAUGACUCCUGUGCUAAAUAUAAACCAUAUGCAAUGUUUAUAUGUGUCCCAAGUGAAAGCUUCCAUCAACAAAUUAAAACAUAUGUAAGAAAAUCUCUCACAGUUACUAACAACUGUUUACUGGCAUCCAUCAAAGCAUUGAACAAGACAUCCUUUAGCUCCACAUGCUCACUUAGUUCUGCUGUAAACACCGAGAACGUGUGUUCGAUUCCAGAUCUUGAAAAACCUGACAUCACUGGCAGAAAUCCUCAUGAGAUUAAGUUCAUUAAAUCAAAGAGCUCAUCUAUUAUAAACAACAUUUUGGCAGGAAAUGGUUACUUUGAGCAUGUACUUAUUUAUUUCCUAAAGCAGUCUAUGGAGUCAGAUAUUUCACCGCAGAAGCAAACGUGUUGUAACUUGAUCAUCAAGAUACUGGAAGCUGUGCCAAAAAUGUUGCAUAAAAAGCAACUAGUUUCAAAAUCUGGUCACAAUGGCGGCUUUCUCCACUUACAAAAAGAUAUAAUGAAGGCCAUUGAUGUUGCAGCGGUUUCUGGUGUUUCCACAAAGAAUUUGUUGGAUUAUUUUCAUAAUGGUGCAGUUGAUGUACUCAACAUUAAAUUUGAAAUAGUGUUUGUGGCUGUUAAUCUUGUAGUGAAACUACUCAGAGUUGAUUAUUUAGUUGGUGUGAAAAAACUCAUUCAUCCGAAAUCUGAAUCUGCUGCACAAGAUGAUGAUGAUGAUAUUGAAUAA